AUGGCAUUGUUCAAUACCGGACAAAGACUAACAGACGCGCAUGUACAGGAGCAAGCGCAGCAGUAUGUAACCAUCCUUUUCUUAUCGGCACAAGGCUAUGUACCCCAUACUGAGCUCUACUCCGGGCUAUGGUCGAAUAUCAAUCAAGGACUCACUGGACCUUCACGUGAGAUUCUGGCCACAUAUUGGCAACAGACAAUCAAUCACCUCGAAACGGAUACCCACGACUUCAAAAUCCAUCAAUUGCCCCUUGCGCGCAUCAAGAAGGUGAUGAAAGCUGACCCAGAAGUCAAGAUGAUUUCCGCCGAAGCACCCAUUCUCUUCGCCAAAGGCUGCGAUAUCUUCAUUACUGAGUUAACAAUGCGAGCAUGGAUCCAUGCUGAAGACAACAAGAGGAGGACACUUCAACGGAGUGAUAUUGCUGCUGCAUUGGGUAAGAGCGACAUGUUCGAUUUUUUGAUCGAUAUUGUGCCAAGGGAGGAGAGCAGUGGCCAUGGAGGCUCUGCUAAGCGCCCUAAUACCAGUGGUCAGGCCGCAGCAGCUCAGAUCCCCCAACAGCCGCCACCACAAAUGGCUCCACCAGAUUAUGGUCUGCAGCAUGGGACCAUGGGACCACCUGAUAGUCAAUAUGGAAGACCUCAGAUGUAUCCGGGACAUAUGGGAGCAGAUGGCCAACAAGAUCCGAAUCAAGGUUACGGCCAGGCUCCGCAGAUGUUUGGUGGUGGGGACAUGUAUAAUCCAUAUACCCAAGGACAAUUUGGAGGAGCUGGUGCACAACAGGUAAGCCCAUGUGCUCCUUGA